ACCACCGCAAGUGAAAUCUGUUAGAGCACCCUCUCUCUCUCUCUACGAUCUUCUCCGCAAUCACCAUUUCUCGAAUCGGCCCACUGUAAACCCUAGAAAUCCACCAGAGCUUGGUCUCGUCCCUAGCGCCAUCGGAGCCAUGCCGAUCAAGCAUCUCCUUACCACCAUAGCCCGGCGGUCCAGCAGACGGGCCGCCGUCCCCGUCCACCCCUUCCUGUCCCAAGCGGUUCGAGGCGCAUCAACCUCGCCGGCGAUCGCAACGUCGCAGUCACCGGCGCCGUCGCCUCCGCCUCCGGACGCUAUGAUCUACGAUCGCCUCGCCGAGGCCGUCAAAUCCAAGCUCCAGCAGCUCGAGAACCCCGACCCGAGGUUCCUCAAGUACGGGUCGCCCCACCCGGCCGUGACCGACCACACUCGGAUCCUGUCGGCGCCGGAGACCAAGGUCACGACGCUGGAGAACGGCCUGCGAGUCGCGACGGAGUCGAACCUCGCUGCGCAGACCGCGACGGUGGGGGUAUGGAUCGACGCCGGCUCGAGGUUCGAGAAUGAGGAGACUAACGGGACAGCGCAUUUCUUGGAGCACAUGAUCUUCAAGGGGACUGAGAGGAGGACGGCGCGCGAGCUGGAGGAGGAGAUUGAGAAUAUGGGAGGCCAUUUGAACGCCUACACUUCGAGGGAGCAGACGACGUAUUACGCCAAGGUCUUGGCCAAGGACGUCCCUAAGGCGCUCGAUAUUCUCUCUGAUAUCUUGCAGAACUCCAAGUUUGAUGAGCACAGGAUCAGUCUCGAGCGUGGUGUCAUUCUGAGGGAAAUGGAGGAGGUUGAGGGGCAAACUGAGGAAGUUAUUUUUGAUCAUCUGCACGCGACUGCAUUCCAGUACACUCCUCUUGGUAGAACAAUUCUUGGACCUGCCAAGAACAUUAAGACUAUCACCAAGGAGCAUCUCCAGAACUAUAUACAGACGCACUAUACGGCUCCCAGAACGGUCAUUGUUGCUUCUGGAGCUGUUAAGCAUGAAGAUAUUGUUGGGGCAGUAAAGAGUUCUUUUACAAAGUUGUCAUCUGAUUCAACAACAGCUUCUCAGUUAGUUGCUAAGGAACCUGCAAUUUUUACUGGCUCUGAGGUUAGAAUCAUUGAUGACGAUAUUCCUCUUGCACAAUUCGCGGUUGCUUUUAGUGGAGCAUCUUGGACGGAUCCAGAUUCCAUUGCGUUGAUGGUCAUGCAAGCUAUGUUGGGUUCAUGGAAUAAGGGCGCUGGUGGUGGAAAGCACAUGGGUUCCGAGCUGGCACAGAGGGUUGGAAUCAGUGAAAUUGCAGAAAGCUUCAUGGCUUUCAACACUAAUUACAAAGACACUGGACUUUUUGGUGUUUAUGCUGUUGCUAAGGCGGAUUGCUUAGAUGACCUGGCGUGGGCAAUAAUGCAUGAGACAACCAAGUUAGCUUAUAGAGUUUCAGAAGAGGAUGUUAUCCGUGCUCGUAAUCAGUUGAAAUCUUCUCUGCUGCUUCAUAUUGAUGGGACAAGUCCUAUAGCAGAAGAUAUUGGUCGUCAGCUACUAACAUAUGGACGGAGAAUUCCAUUUGCCGAGCUGUUUGCUAGGAUUGAUGCCGUUGACGCAAGCACCAUCAAACGUGUUGCAAACCAAUUUAUUUAUGACAGGGUGAGACAUCGCAAUCGCAGCUAUGGGUCCCAUCCAGGGUUUGCCCGACUACAACUGGUUCAGACGCAGGACCUACUGGAACAGAUACUAGUUUCUUUCAUAUAAUUUAUCUCCUCCCAACCAUUGUCCAGCGGUCUGGCUUCAGAUAUUCUGUUCCUUUUUUGGCAAUUGUUGUUCAUCAAAGCUUUCAAAGGCUGGUUUAUUUUU